CUCCCACCAUGAAGCUCCCCCCGGCUGCCGUGCUCCUGAGCACUCACUCUGCCAUGCAGUCGCGGUCCUCUGUCCUCAUCGACUACAACGUUGCACCCCCCAACCUGUCCACCCUCCCCAAUGGCUCUCUCUUCGACACAUGGCGACCCCGCGCCCAUGUCCUCCCCCCCACCGGCCAGGUCGGUGACCCCUGCAUGCACUACACCGAUCCCGCCACCGGCCUCUUCCACAUCGGCUUCCUGCACGACAGCGAAGGCAUCUCCGGAGCCACCACCGACGACCUAGCCACCUACCACGACCUCAACCCUAAUGGCAGCCAAUCCAUCGUCCCCGGCGGAAUCAACGACCCUCUAGCCGUCUUCGACGGCUCCGUCAUCCCCGCUGGCAUCAACGGCCUCCCUACCCUCCUCUACACCUCCGUCUCCUACCUCCCCAUCCACUGGUCCAUCCCCUACACCCGCGGCAGCGAGACCCAAUCCCUCGCCGUCUCCUCCGACGGCGGCCGCAACUUCACCAAACUCGCCCAAGGCCCCGUCAUCCCCGGCCCUCCCUUCGCCUACAACGUCACGGCCUUCCGCGACCCCUACGUCUUCCAAAACCCCACCCUUGACUCCUUCCUCCACAGCCCCAACAACACCUGGUACACCGUCAUCUCCGGCGGUCUCCACAACAAAGGCCCCGCCCAAUUCCUCUACCGCCAAUACGACCCGGACUUCCAGUACUGGGAAUACCUCGGUCCCUGGUGGCACGAGUCCACCAAUUCCACCUGGGGGUCCGGCAUCUGGGCCGGCCGAUGGGGCUUCAACUUCGAAACCGGCAACAUCUUCACCCUCGACACAGAGGGCUACAACCCAGAGGGCCAAUUCUUCGCCACCCUCGGCACAGAGGGCUCCAACCAACCCAUCAUCCCCCAACUCACCAGCAUCCACGACAUGCUCUGGGUCUCUGGCAACGUUGCCAACAACGAUUCCAACUCCAUCGCCUUCACCCCCACCAUGGCCGGCUUCCUCGACUGGGGUUUCUCCUCCUACGCCGCCGCCGGCAAAAUCCUCCCGUCCACCUCCAAACCCUCCUCCAAAUCCGGCGCCCCAGACCGCUUCAUCUCCUACGUCUGGCUCUCAGGCGACCUCUUCCAACAAGCUGAGGGAUUCCCUACGAACCAGCAAAACUGGACCGGAACGUUGCUUCUCCCCCGCGAACUCCGUGUCCUCAUCAUCCCUAACGUCAUUGAUAACGCCCUAGCCCGGGAAUCCGGCACCUCGUGGCGCGUCAUCCACACUGAUUCCAACGACACAGUCACCCUCCAAACAUUGGGAAUCUCCAUCGCAAGGGAAACGAAAUCAGCCCUUCUCUCUGGAACUUCAUCCACAGAACAACCCCGCACUUUAUCUACCACGGGAGUCAUCCCCUUCGAACACUCCCCCAGCGAUAAAUACUUCAUCCUCUCCGCGAACAUCACCUUCCCUACCUCAGCUAGGAACUCAUCCACCCUGCAGAGCGGAUUCAGGAUCCUUUCCUCGGAGAUGGAAAGCACGACGAUCUAUUAUCAGUUCUCGAAUGAGUCGAUUAUAGUGGAUAGGAGUAAUACGAGUGCUGCGGCGAGGACGACCAGUGGGAUUGAUAGUUCGAAUGAGGCGGGGAGGUUGAGGUUGUUUGAUGUGCUUGGUGAUGAUGGGGAGGAGGGGAUUGAGACGUUGGAGUUGACGAUUGUGGUGGAUAAUUCCGUCCUGGAGGUUUAUGCCAAUGGGAGGUUUGCGUUGAGUACCUGGGUUAGGUCGUGGUAUGCCAAUUCGACUGGGAUAGACUUCUUUCAGAGUGGGGAAGGGGAGGUCAGGUUUGAGAAUGUGAUGGUUUCGGAGGGGUUGUUUGAUGCGUGGCCGGAUCGGGUGUGAUCGUGAUGGAUUGUGGGGUUGAGUUGGUGGGGUUUUAUAGUGUAUAGUGUAUAUGACUGGUAAGGUAUGAGUAUGUGUGUAUGUUGGCGGAGUGUUUCCGUGAUGGAUGUGUGAUGUGAUGUGAUGUGAUGAAUG